AUGGGGUUUCAUCUCCCACUCAUCUUUGCUCUUCUCAGUCUAGCAGCGGUGGCACUGGCAAACCAUGCUGCCCAACCAGCACCUCAACUUUACUGGAACUCCGUCCUGCCAAACACACAGAUGCCAAGAACUAUCAGUGAACUUCUGCAUCCUGACCCCACAAAUGAAGAACAGAGCACAAAUGUCAUGAAUGCUGCUGGGAAUGGAAAGCCAAUUGACCACAAGGGCAAACCUGAAAAUACUGUACUACCAGAGCUACGAAUCCCAUUUUUUUACAGGAUAUAUGAUCAUCCCACUGAUAAUCAACUCCAUUAUAAAAACGUAGCUAUUUUCUUCUUGGAGAAGGACAUGCGCCCUGGCACAACAAUGAACUUCCAAUUCCCUAGAAAUUCAAACACGGCUACUUUCCUGCCACGAGAAAGCGCUCAAUUGAUCCCCUUCUCCUCUAACAAACUAGCAGAAAUUUUCAACCAUUUUUCAGUGAAGCCAACAUCUGUGGAAGCCAAAACAAUUAAGCAAACAAUCGAAGAGUGUGAAGCUCCGGGCAUUAAGGGAGAGGAAAUAUAUUGCGCCACAUCUUUAGAAUCAAUGGUUGAUUUUAGCACUUCGAAGCUUAGAACAAGAAACGUUCAAGCAAUAUCGACGGAAGUAUUGGAAAAAGGAGCCACCAUGUCCAUCCACAAGUAUACAACAAUGCCGGGACUGAAGAAGCUGGCAGGUGACAAAGUCGUUGUGUGUCAUAAGCAGAACUAUCCCUAUGCUGUGUUUUACUGCCAUGCAAUAAAACCAACAGCAGCUUAUGUUCUCUCCCUGAAAGGCGAUGAUGGGGUGAAGGUUAAAGCAGUUGCCAUCUGCCAUCUAGACACAUCAGAAUGGAACCCAAAGCAUUUGGCCUUCCAAAUCCUCAAAGUUAAGCCCGGAACCAUUCCCAUCUGCCAUUUCCUUCCCACUGAUCAUAUUGUCUGGGUUCCGAACCACAAAUCUGCAUGA